AUGCAGGUCGAGCCAUUGCAAGGAUCGGGUUGCGCAUCCAACUUUUUGGCAGGUAACUUGCUCUUCUUUAUCCGCAUCCUCAUCGUAGCAUCCCCAAAGGACGAGGUCGGCCCAGCCCGAGCAGAAGGGCACGUCGGGGUCGACCAGGCAGUCGAGGGUCUUGCGCAGCCCGAGCAUGUCGUUUCGGCCUCCGUCUGCGCACCUCAGAAAGUCGACGCGGAGACUAAUCCCCGAUUUAUCCACCGUGAAGCCGUGCCGCGCGUAAGCGCACCGACCUGUCAAGCUGACGUGGCCGCCAUCGGGCACCCGUUCCUGCCAACGCGUAAAUGA